AUGGCGAGCGAUCAGAUUGAUACUGGCGCUCCUGCGCUUUCUUCUCAGGGCCCACCGGACGCAGAUCCGAACCCACCGGGUCAAGAUCGAAAUAUUGAGUCCGCCCUGAGGCAAAUCAACACCAACAUGGGCACGAUGACUCAACUUUUAACCGACGUGUGUGCGCGCCUUCCCACGACCGAGGCACACCGAGCGGCUAGUUCCUCUUGCCGAAGCCCACCGGGCACAAGGCACACAGACCAAAAACGGCGGUCCGAUUCCAUCUCCUCCGUUGAAUCAUCAGACAAUGAACAUGAGCCACGGUGAAAAUCGAGGAGAGAGGACGAUUCCCUAAGCCUGCAUGCAACAGAUGAUGACGUUGCACAACUAUUUGCCGACCCGGCAUCAAAUCCCGCAACUGUCACCGACAACACGGAUACAGCGGGCGAGGACGAGUUACUAAAAGAACUUGUAACCUCCUUACAAGAGGAAGACGCAAAAGGGCCAAAAGUCCAACAACAGCUGGCCGAAAUUGCCAACAAAAGAUGGGGCAAUAAGCUCAAUUCGGACAAAAUAAAUAGCAUUCUGGGCAAACACCCGCAGCCAGAAAAUUGCGAGGAACUGGGGAUCAAACGCGUUAAUCCUGAGAUCUGGGCGUCCCUAAAUGCUGCCAAAAGAAAGGCAGAUUUACGACUCGCAAACAUGCAGCAGGCCCUGCAAAAGCCACUUUCUCGAUUGUCACGACUUGCGAUAAACUUUUGGCCGUAA